UUGGAUGCUUUCGAUCAGACAUAAUACUUGCUGUGUUUCAAGGCACUUAAAGGUAUGCAGUGAUUGAGGACAUUGAAAUGUCUAGGAGCAGCACUAUGCUAUGACUUAGGGACUGAAAUAUCCAGUAAGGUUCACAGUAAACCAUAUAUGGAUAAAUAUAAUACUCAGAUAAUCCAGUAGAUACACUAGAGGCAUGGUUAAAGCUCCAGUUUUUAUUUUGUGCCUCAUCACCCUGUGUUAUAUCCCGGAGUGUUUAAUGCAGACAAUCACAGUCGAAGGUUACUUUGGAAACAUCAAAAAGUUAACAUAUGAAGUUUUUGAUGCUCAGGCCAAUUUACCUGAGUCCCUUGCUCAUUGUCAAACUGUUGGAAUGGGAAAGGCUAGCACCAGUCCAGUUACCUUUAUGUAUGUUCGAGCGAAAUUACUGGAAUAUGGAUGGCCUGAGAGUAAGCCCUUAGUUUUUCCUCUUUACUACCCCUAUGACGCCACCUAUAAAUGGUAUGACGUCAGUAGAUGUACCGUUUACAGAAGAAAUGAUGGCGUCUCAUUAACAGAGUCUCCAACUGAGAGAUGUGCUAAAAUUAUCAUGGACCCAUUGAGUCAAUACAUAUGGGAGCCUGUUAAUUGUUCAACGAAGCUUCCAUUUCUUUGUCACAAGGGACACAAUAUAGAAAGCACGGGAAACGAAACAUAUAUAGGAAUGCAAAUAGACAAAAACAUCACGGAUGAAAGUGUUAGUUUUAACGUAUUUACUAACAUGAGUACUCCACUCGACUGUGAAGAACAGUGCCUCAGGAAAGCACGUGUUUGUAUCGCCGUUGAAGUUGUUCAGAUCAACGAAACAGACUUCGAAUGUACCGGUGCCAUGAUCAAUUUCAAACAGUAUUUCCAUGUUAAUAUGAGUGUUCAGGUUAACUUGAUUCCAGCGCCUGAUAAUUACACAGUGUUUGUCAAGGGAUUAAAUCAAAGCGAUGAAGUUAUUAUAAACAACGGAUCAUCCUUUGUAACUUCCAUAAACUUCACUGAGAAUAACCUAGGAUGCACAUAUAACUACGAUUUUCCAACGACGACAUUAGCUCCAAAUUGCAGCUGUCUCUGUUCUUUUACCAACUACACAGACGCCGAACUUCAAGCCUGGAUACAACAAGUGAAAAACGAGCUGAUCCUCAAUAAAAAGAAACUUUCCUCAAACGCCCGGAAGAAGAUUUCGGCAAGUGAUCCCCGGGCCUCAUCUCAGACUAUUGGAAGCUUUGGGGCCAUAGUGAUAGUGACUGUCAUUGGAAUUAUUGUCAUUCCAGAUAUACCACUCAUUUUAAAACAGAUCAAAUAUUUGUCGAAGAGAUGACUUGUACGACUCUGAAUAAAGGGUCAAAGUAUUCUAAACA